AUGCAUAACGAAGAACCUAUUACGGAUAAGAAAAGCCCCAACCCUGGACAAUCAUCCGCAGUUUCCAAAGGGGGCGCCAGCCCACAGUUUUUAAGUUUGGUCGAAUCGGCAUUGUUGGAAGGACGUUCCCACAGUAUUGUGGAAAGCUUCGUGCGUGAUAAUCGUUUUCGCAAAAAGAACAUCCCAUUAAACUAUGCGGAGGAUAAGGAAAGGAUACGCAUUUGUUUGAACAAUGCAGACAAGCGUAUUGCCGAGCUGAUGCGCGAUGGGCUGGAACUUAUCGAGGAUGUGCGGGUGGCAAGCGAUAGACACGAAGUGGAACGGCGAAUGGCUGAGGCGGAUAUCAAGGAGAGUCUCCUGAGUAAAAUCCAUACCGAAUCAGUAGAUUCAGUAGCCAAAUUCCAAACCACAUACGAAAAGUGGACCGAAAUCAAAGAACUGAAAGAUCCCAUGCUUAUGAACGAUGAGCUACAGCUGCAAAAGAAUCGAGUGGAGGAAUUGCUGAAACAGAAGGACAUCAUCAUUGCCGAAUGUCGCAAGGAGCUGCAGGCAGCGGACGAUCGAUACGCUAGAGACAUACGCAAGCAAAUCGUCGAUAUACAGAGCCUUGUUCAUCGUGCCGAUACGGAGGUGGAGGCAAUGAAAAGUAUUCUCAAGGAAAAUUUGGAUCUGAUUCAAGGGACAGUCGAGGAAGAACGCGUAAUACUACAGAAUGCUGCGAAUUUCAACUGGAAUGAUGUUUACGCAAAGCGAGCCACCAAUGAACGCAUUAAAGUCAAGCAGAAGAAGGAACGGUUGCUUGCUAACCUAACGGAAAUAGAGCAAAUAGAGCUGGAUUAUGUAGAGACAACGCGUGCUACCAGGAUAAAGCUGGACAAAGACACUCAGGCACUGGCAAUAGAGUUGCAGAAGAUCAAAACAAACACCACACUGAACUCGGAAAAGCUGGACUACAGUUUUCAGGUGUUGAAAAAACGGGAAGAUGAAAACUUGAUGGUAAAGAACGCACAGAAACGUCGUCUUGCUAAGCUACACGAAACCAUUUUCACGCUCCGAAAUAAGCUGAAAGACACGAAAACGACCUAUUACAUCGAGACGGAAAAGAUGGCGAAAGUGAUUGAAAAAUUGCACCACAGCGUGGACCACAUCAGAAGUAAACUGGAAUGUUCGAAAAAAGCGUACGAUAAAAGGGUUCGUUCUAUUUGGAACUUGAAUCGUGAUGAAUGUUUUGAAAUUAUUCAAAGCAUAUCCGCCAUUGACAAAGUACUGGUCGAACAACACUUGAACCGGAAGUGGACCAACAAUUUGGGCGCCAUAUCGGAUCUGUUCUUCAAUUACGAUCCUUUGUGCACACCUAAGGUCCCCAGCACAGCCAAAACCAAACGAAGCCUAACCAACUCGAAAGAGGAACAGCAGCACGAUUUCUGUCGUCUUAAAAAUUUGCUGGAGCAGUCACGAUUUUUAAGCGAUAAAAAGUUAGAAAUAGCUUUAAAGGAUAGACAGAUCGAUAGUUGUGGUAUGACGCUGAUUUGUAUGGACAACGUAUUGAAUGCACUCGGCAUUGAUAGCAUGGAUGGUGUUCGUCACCUGCAGUCCACGCAUUCGGAUGUGCAAAAUUUAAAUAAUGUCGACGAAACGUGCAGCACAUCUGAAGUAUCUUCGACGGAUAACAAGGAAAUCGAUGUAAAUCACAAGGCUCUUACUACUUCCCGGGAUCUUCUCGCUCUUAAAAUGUUCUGUGAAGACGACAAUGAAGUGUUACAUUCUCAAAGCGAAAUUAAGCCCGAACCGAAGUUAACCCUCUCCGAUACACGAAAGUUUUGGGCAUCUUUUAAAAAUAUUUUCUUGCCAAAUCAGAUGAAAGUUUGGGACACCAUGGAAGAGAGUUUGAGCAAAUAUCUUCAGGUUCUACGGGAGAGGCAAACCUUGGACGAGGAGUGUAGUUUCUUGAGAAAACAGAAUCAAGAGCUGCAACACAUUAUGCAGAAAAUGCUCAUCAAACCGAUGAACGAUGAUUUUUAG